AUUUACACGGCGACAACUCUUCCCUGCCUCUUUCCCUGAGCCAGGCCCGCCUCGAAAACCCUAGCGUUGUCGUCGUCGUCGGCGGCGGCGGCCAUGGCGUCGGCGGCGCCCAAGCGCUGCUACUACGAGGUCCUCGGACUCUCCCGAGACUGCUCCCCGACCGACAUUAAGCUCGCGUUCCGGCGCCUCGCGCUCACCCUCCACCCCGACAAGCAGGCCCCGGGUUCCGACGUCGCCGCCGCCACCGCCGCCUUCCAGGAGCUGCAACACGCGCACUCCGUCCUCUCCGACCCCCAGGAGCGCGCCUACUACGACUCCCACCGCUCCCAGAUCCUCUUCGCCGACCCCGUCUCCUCCCGUUCCGGCACCGCCUCCGCCUCACCCGUCCCCGACCUAUUCUCCUUCUUCUCCACCUCCGCCUUUUCCGGCUUCUCCGACUCCGGCCGCGGAUUCUACAAGGUCUACGGCGACGUAUUCGACAAGGUAUACGCCCAGGAGGUCGCCUAUGCCCGCCGCAUGGGCAUCCCCACCGACUCCAUCCCCACGCCGCCGGUCAUUGGCAACCUCGACUCCCCUUACACCCAGGUCACCGCUUUCUACUCCUACUGGCUGGGUUUCGGCUCGGUUAUGGACUUCGGGUGGGCGGCCGAGUGGGACGCAUCCCGUGGGGAGAACCGCCGUGUUAGGAGGCUCAUGGAGGAGGAUAACAAGAAGGCAAUGCGCAAGGCGCGGCGGGAGUAUAACGAUGCUGUGAGAGGGUUGGCUGCCUUCUGUAAGAAGAGAGAUAAGAGGGUGGUUGACAUGGCACUGCGGAAGAAGGCAGAGGAAGAGAAAAAGAAGAAGGAAGAGAUGGAGCGAAAGAAGGCCGAGGAGAAGAAGAAGAAGGAGCGGGCAAUGGCGUAUCAAGAGCCUGAGUGGGCGAGGGUGGACGACAUCGAGUUAGCCUUUGAGGAAGAGGAUGAUGAGGAGACGAGGGAAAAGGCCAAGGAGGAGCUGUACUGUGUGGCCUGUAAUAAGAAGUUCAAGUCGGAGAAGCAGUGGAAGAACCAUGAGCAGUCUAGGAAGCAUAAGGAUAAGGUGGCUGAUCUGAGGAUGGCCUUUAAGGAGGAGGAGGCGGCUCUAAAGGAAGCCGAGGAGGAGGCAGGAGGUGAGUGGGAAGAAGUUGAUGUGGGGUUCGACUUUAAGCCUGCUAACGAGUCCGAGGAGAGUGAUUGGUCAGAUGCUGCAGAAGAGUUGGCUGAGGAGUUGGACGAGGGCUUGGAGGUGGCGGAUCAAGACAAUGGUAAUAAGGACUUCAAUAAUGGGGAGCAGGAGGUUGGUUCAUAUGAUGAGACGAGUGUGUUGGAGGCGAUGUUGUCAAGCUGUAAGAACAAGAAAAGUGGCUAUGUGGUUCCUCAAGAGGAAGCUCCUUCUGUUCUUACAGAGGAUGAUAACAGUGAAGAUAGAAAUUCUGAAGUUAAGAGUGUCAAGAAGAAAGGACGCCGGAGGCGGGCAUCAAAGAAGGGACAAGAUGAAGGUAGUUAUGCUGAUAGUGGACAUGGUAUGAAGAAUGAUGUUCCAAAUGAGGAAUCUGUGCAUGAUAAUGAUGAAAAUGAUGCUGAUGAUAAGGCGGAAGGUCCACCCUCUUCUAAUGAUGAUGGCACAUCAGCAAGCGUUGGAGGCCAACAGAACGAAAAGACUGACAAUCCUAAAAAGAAUAAAAAGAACAAGAAAGGCGCAGAGAAGAAAACAACUGUUUCUGCUGACGUAAAGAUCACAUCAAAGGGAAAGAAGCAAAAGGAGGUCUCGAGGGCACGCAAUGAUUGUGAAACAUGUGGAGAUACUUUCGAGUCAAGGAGCAAGUUGUUUUCUCAUUUGGAAGAAACAGGUCAUGCUGUGAUCAAGGCACGACAGAAAAAGCGUUAAGGCGAGGAAUAAUUAGAUAUUUUUGUUUGAGCAUUCUCUCUCCCAGUUCCAGUUGGUGGUUGUCGAUAUCAGUGCUGUGCCAUUCUUGUAACUUGUCUUGUUUUGGGCGCCUCCAUGCACAUGAAGGUUUUGACCUGAAAUCAAUACCCCUUCCCCUUGUCUUGUUUGUAGGGAGGUGCUGUCUUUGGUUUAACACAUCAACAAACAGAGUGAAAACACCAUAUCAUCCAGGGCAUCCUGUUUAUGAAAAAGGCAUCUGAUCAA